AUGUUCUCUGUCUCCUCCAAAACUUUCCUUCCCCACCACCAAAACUUUCCUUCCUCCUCAUGCAAUCUCUUCUCCGCUGCCUCCGGUAGCCCCAUCCCCUCCUCCAUGGGCAAUUGCUUCACCAAGGCUCCGGCGAACUCCUCCCCGCAGCCGGACGAGGCCAGCGAUGACAAUAACAUCAACGGCGACAAUAACAAUAAUGAUUCUCCCGUGAAGAUGCCCCCCGUCCCGACCGCGAAGCCGGCUGCCCCCAUCGGGCCCGUCCUCGGCCGCCCCAUGGAGGACGUCCGCGCCACCUACUCCGUCGGCAAGGAGCUCGGCCGCGGCCAGUUCGGGGUCACCCACCUCUGCACCCACAAGGCCACCGGGAAAAAGUUCGCCUGCAAGACCAUCGCCAAGCGCAAGCUCACCAACCAGGAGGACAUCGAGGACGUGCGGCGCGAGGUCCAGAUCAUGUACCACCUCACCGGCCAGCCCAACAUCGUCGAGCUCAAGGGCGCCUUCGAGGACAAGCACUCCGUCCACCUCGUCAUGGAGCUCUGCGCCGGCGGCGAGCUCUUCGACCGCAUCAUCGCCAAGGGCCACUACACAGAGAGCGCCGCCGCCGCCCUCCUCCGCACCAUCGUCCAGAUCGUCCACACCUGCCACUCCAUGGGCGUCAUCCACCGCGACCUCAAGCCCGAAAACUUCCUCCUCCUCAACAAGGACGACGACUCCCCUCUCAAAGCCACCGACUUCGGCCUCUCCGUCUUCUUCAAACAAGGCGAGGUGUUCAAGGACAUCGUCGGCAGUGCAUAUUACAUAGCACCUGAAGUCCUCAAGAGAAAAUACGGUCCGGAAGCAGAUAUCUGGAGCAUCGGAGUCAUGCUUUACAUCUUUCUCUGUGGAGUUCCUCCUUUUUGGGCUGAAACGGAACAUGGGAUCUUCAAUGCUAUUCUGAGAGGGCAGGUUGACUUUUCUAGCGAUCCAUGGCCUGCCAUUUCGCCCGGAGCUAAAGAUCUCGUUAACAAGAUGCUGCAUUUGGAUCCCGAACAGAGACUGACUGCUUUUGAAGUUCUGAACCAUCCUUGGAUCAAAGAAGAUGGAGAAGCACCCGAUACACCACUCGAUAACGCGGUCCUCAAUCGAUUGAAGCAGUUCCGAGCGAUGAACCAAUUCAAGAAGGCUGCUUUAAGGGUGAUAGCAGGAUGCUUGUCUGAAGAGGAGAUCAAGGGGCUGAAGGAAAUGUUCAAGAACAUGGAUUCCGACAACAGCGGAACGAUAACUCUCGAAGAACUGAAGAAAGGGCUUGCCUCCCAAGGCACAAAGCUCUCCGAAUUCGAAGUCAAACAGCUAAUGGAAGCUGCCGACGCGGACGGCAACGGAACAAUCGACUACGAGGAGUUCAUCACAGCCACAGUCCACAUGAACAGAAUGGACAGAGAAGAGCAUCUCUACACGGCGUUCCAGUACUUCGACAAGGAUAACAGCGGUUACAUCACCAAGGAAGAACUUGAGCAAGCUCUGAAGGAGAAGGACCUCUACGACGGAGAGGAGAUCAAAGAGAUCAUUUCUGAGGCGGAUGUGGACAAUGAUGGAAGAAUAAACUACGAGGAGUUCGCGGCGAUGAUGCGGAAAGGGAACCCCGAGCCGCUGCCCAAGAAGAGAAGGGACGUGGUUAUUUGAUCAGACCAUGGAAGAAGAAGAAAGAACAGAGGAAAGGAGAC